AAAAACCUGGGGGGAGGCCCCCAAUUUUGAGUGGAGAAAGUGAACUUUUCAACUGCGAUGCCCAUCUUGCAGCCUAUAAAAGGUUAGCUUUCUGGCUUACUGGCACACCUUGUGGCCACCUUCCCCAGGCUAUGGAUCUCUCCAACAACAGCUUGUCUCUCUCAGUGCGCACCCCCGGACUACCCCGGCGGCUCUCCUCGCAGAGUGUGAUAGCAGGCAGACCCAGGGGCAUGUCUGCUUCCAGUGUUGGCAGUGGCUAUGGGGGAAGCACCUUCGGCUUUGGAGCCAGCUCUGGGGGAGGCUUUUCUGCUGUUUCCAUGUUUGGUUCUAGUUCAGGCUUUGGGGUUGGCUCUGGAAGUUCCAUGGCAGGAGGACUGGGUUCUGGUUAUGGGAGAGCCGUGGGUGGAGGUGGCUUUGGAGGGCUGGGGAUGGGAUUUGGGGGGAGCCAAGGAGGUGGCUCUCUAGGUAUUCUCUCUGGCAAUGAUGGAGGCCUUCUUUCUGGAUCAGAAAAGGAAACUAUGCAAAAUCUUAAUGAUAGAUUAGCUUCCUACCUGGAUAAGGUUCGAGCUCUAGAAGAGGCUAAUACUGAGCUAGAGAACAAAAUUCGAGAAUGGUAUGAAACACGAGGAACUGGGGCUGGAGAUGCUUCACAGAACGAUUACAGCAAGUAUUAUCCACUGAUUGAAGACCUCAGGAAUAAAAUCAUUUCAGCCAGCAUUGGAAACGCCCAGCUCCUCCUACAGAUCGACAACGCCAGACUGGCCGCCGAGGACUUCAGGAUGAAGUAUGAGAACGAACUGGCCCUGCGCCAGGGCGUAGAAGCCGAUAUCAAUGGCCUGCGCCGGGUGCUGGACGAGCUGACCAUGACCAGGACCGAUCUGGAGAUGCAGGUCGAGAGCCUGAAUGAGGAGCUGGCCUACAUGAAGAAGAACCAUGAGGAGGAGCUCCAAAGCUUCCGGGUGGGCGGCCCAGGCGAGGUCAGCGUGGAAAUGGAUGCUGCCCCCGGAGUGGACCUCACCAGGCUCCUCAACGAUAUGCGGGCGCAGUAUGAAACCAUCGCCGAGCAGAAUCGGAAGGACGCUGAAGCCUGGUUCAUUGAAAAGAGCGGGGAGCUCAGGAAGGAGAUCAGCACUAACACCGAGCAGCUUCAGUCCAGCAAGAGCGAGGUCACCGACCUGCGUCGUGCAGUUCAGAACCUGGAGAUCGAGCUGCAGUCCCAGCUUGCCAUGGUAGGCUCGUGCGCAAAAAAGAUGCAGCAUCCUUUGGACUUCCAAAGAAAAUGCUGCGUCCAAAUUACAUUAGCCCGUUGGCUGCCCUCCUCUUUUCGGUCCCCUCCAUCGUUACGUCUCUACUGUUUCCCUCCCACGUGCAGAAGAAAUCCCUGGAGGACUCGUUGGCCGAAGCCGAGGGCGAUUACUGCGCGCAGCUGUCCCAGGUGCAGCAACUCAUCAGCAACCUGGAGGCGCAGCUGCUGCAGGUGCGCGCGGACGCAGAGCGCCAGAACGUGGACCACCAGCGGCUGCUUAAUGUCAAGGCCCGCCUGGAGCUGGAGAUUGAGACCUACCGCCGCCUGCUGGACGGGGAGGCCCAAGGUGAUGGUUUGGAUGAAAGUUUAUUUGUGACAGAUUCCAAAUCACAAGCACAGUCAACUGAUUCCUCUAAAGACCCAACCAAAACCAGAAAAAUCAAGACAGUUGUGCAAGAGAUGGUGAAUGGUGAGGUGGUCUCAUCUCAAGUUCAGGAAAUUGAAGAACUAAUGUAAAAUGUCACAAGAUCUGCCCCAUGAUUGGCUCCUUAGGAACAAGAAAUUUAUAAAUAGAAAUUAUUCCUUUCUGUAUUAGUUCAACAUUUUGUCUGUUUCAUUUUCUUUGGAUUCCCUAUUCACACUGAGUCCUUUUUGCCCUUCUGAACCAAUAUCCAGUCACAAGUCAUUUUGAUCAUGUUGAUCUCUAUAACAAAUCAAAAUUACCUUAUAUCUUUCUGGACAUGGAGUAGUCUUUUAAUGAACUUUCUUCUGGUAACCUGGAAUAUUUUUUAAUCAUAGAGCUUUAAUCAAGUAGUAUUGUUUUAGUAGAGUUAAUCGUAAUAAAAGAUGAAUGGUAAUAAUGUGAAA